AUGUACAGCUGCUGCUCAGUGAGGCCAAGCCCUGUGCUGCAGCAGCAGCAGCAGCAACAGAAACAGCAGCAGCAGCAGCAGCAGCAGCAGCGGAGACAGCAGAGCCUUCUUGCUUCUCCCCAGACUCUGUGUGUCUUCUCACUGCCAGAUCAACAGCAGCAGCAACUGCAGCAACUGCAGCAACUGCAGCAGCAGCAGCAGCAGAAGCAACAGAAACAGCUGCAGCACCUUAACAAUCAAGGGUGCUAUCAUCAUCUCCGCGUGCAGCAACACCCCGACGACCAGCAGCAGCCGGCUAACAACCAGCAGCAGCAGCAGCAGCACCAUCACCAGCAGCAGCAGCAGCAGCAGCACAACAACAACAACCCCCCCCACCACCAUCAACAUCUGCAACACCACCACCACCACCACCCCCACCACCACCACCCCCCCCAGCAGCAGCAGCAGCAGCAGGAGCAGCACCACCAGCAGCAGCAGGAGCAGCAGCAGCAGCAGCAGCAGGAAAGAUGA